GAUGAGAGGCAGAAGGCUGCGUACUUGCACUGGAAUCUAGGAUGCUACUAUUUACCUAUAACGUCAGAGAUAUAAACUCUAUAAACACCGUGAAAGGAUGGUAUUGAUCAGAACGUCCCGUAGGACCGCGUUGCCUGUGUAUACGGUUUGAAGUAGGGUGUAGCUCGAGCGGCGAUGGUGCGCAUGAUGGAGUCGCAGUGCGAGUAUUACAUGUAUUUCCCCGCGGUUCCCAUCUCUGACUUGUCAGACCCCGCUCGCUACAGAACCUUACCCAGACGAAGCCACCUUUACUUGGGGGAGACAGUGCGGUUUCUCCUAGUGUUGCGAUGCAAGGAUGCGUCUUGUGGAGGGACACCGACAGAGCAGGGUACUGAAAACGUAGGCGGCAAUAAAGGGUCGUUAGCCUUCGGUUCUGAGACCGCAAGCAACCGGGCUUGGCGGGAGCUUGCCGGAUCCCUAUGUGCUGUGGCCAACGUCAGUCCCGGAGAAAGUCGACACCGGUCACACCACCUACACCAUGACUACCAGAGCAGCGGGGACGAGGGGACGGACGAGGCCGAGGAUGAGUACGUUGCCGCAGCCAUAGGCAGGGUGGAUGGAAGAUGUCGCGGUUUCAGAGACUGCAAACCGCUUCUCAUCCACAACAGUACGGGGAGUGGGGCGAGGGAGUUCCGCAGGGCUCCGUUCCAGUCUCCACUGGAUGAGCCAGUAGUGUUGACCGAUGAGGUCAUUUUUCCCCUGACCGUGUCUUUGGACAAGCUGCCAGUCAGCACCCUCAAAGUCAAGGUGAUGGUGACGGUUUGGAAGAGAGAAGCAGAGAAAGCAGAAAUUCAGGAGCAUGGCUACCUUAGCAUCCUUCAGCAGCGUAUUCCCACACACACCUUUCGUCAAGAUCUCAACACCUUCAAAGCACAGGUGAGCACCACUCUGACUGUGCUGCCUCCUCCUACUCUUCGCUGUAAACAAAUGACGAUCUCUGGGAAGCACCUGACGGUUCUGAAAGUAUUAAACGAGUGCUCUCAGGAGGAAGUCUGUGUAAAGGAAGUGAGAAUUCUGCCAAACUUCAACGCUUCCUACUUACCCAUGAUGCCGGACGGCUCUGUGCUUUUGGUUGACAAUGUGUGCCACCAGUCAGGUGAGGUUGCCAUGGCAUCCUUCUGCAGGAUGGAGAGCCUGGCCUGCAGCCUUCCCAGCAUGCUCAGCGCUCUGGAGGAACAUGACUUCCUGUUCCAGCUGCAGUUGAACGACAUGCCACCGGAUGACUCCAGCGAGGGCCUAGAGGUUCCACUGGUGGCUGUGCUUCAGUGGUCCACACCCAAGAUGCCCUUCACAAACUGUAUUUACACACACUACAGACUUCCCUGUAUUCGAUUGGACAGUCCACGCUUCGUGAUGACGGCGUGCUGCCCCAGCACCGUGAAGGUUCAGGAGCACUUCCUGGUCCGCUACACACUGCUGAACAACCUGCAGGACUUCCUGGCCGUCAGGCUGGUCUGGACACCCGAGGGUCAUGGUCAGAAUGAUGAUGCAGCUCUGGGACCUGUAGUCUGCCACUCCCCCCUCAGCAGUCUCGGUUACUGUCGUAAAGGCAGCACCAUCUCCUUCACUGUGGCCUUCCAGAUCCUGAAGGCUGGACUGUACGAGUUGAGUCAGCAUAUGAAGCUCAAGCUCCAGUUCACUGCAUCCGUGUCAAACCCUCCCCCGGAUGCCCGCCCCCUCUCCCGUAAGAACAGCCCUUCCAGCCCUGCUGUGAGGGACCUGCUGGACAGACACCAGGUCAGCCUGGGGAGGUCCCAGUCCUUCUCCCAUCAGCAGCCCUCGCGUUCACAUAUCAUGAGGACGGGUAGUGCCAUGGAGAGGCGAGCCAUCACCCCCCCUGUGGGUUCCCCUGUAGGCCGGCCCCUUUACCUGCCCCCCCAGGAGAAAUCUACUCUAUCAUUGGACAAGAUCGCCAAGAGGGAGUGCAAAGUUCUGGUUCUAGAUUCCAUCAAUUAGAGGGGGGUGAAAAGUGGCAGGGGGGAAAGAGAGGGGAGGGGUGAGAGGGGAAGACGGAACAGGGCAGAGGGGGAGAGAUGUAAGGAGAAGUGUACAAGCUACAGUGAGUGUGAGAUCAACGUCUAGGGUAACAUAUUUUUGAAACAAAUGUCUGCACAAGAUACAAGAUACACACUGUGAAGACUGCAGUCUUGUUUCCCAUCAUGUGACAUAUGUGACCUCUACUUGAGGUAAUUAACCUGGUAUGAUGUCAGAAGGACACAGAGGGCUCUCUCUCUCCCUCACUCUCC